AUGGUGGACCCCUCUUUAUCAAGCGAUAUCAACAGAGCCUCGCUUCGCAACUCUAGAUUAUCGGCCAAAAGAACUGGCAAGAAAAUUCCAUGGUUGUGGGUUCAAUUUCCGCAAUGGGGUCCCAAAGUAUUGCUUUAUUCAGUGUUUUUCGUCGUUCUUUUCAAAUGCAUAAAUGGUAUCGUAGGGUCUUUCAGACACGGCGACACUAUAAGUCUCCAGGAUCGAGAAUAUUACGAUAACGAUUUCAAAGAAAUCGACAUUGACGUGGUGCGAAAAUUUGAUACAGGUGCAGAGCACUAUUUGAUCAGUCAAGGUGGGGCCGAGGCUUUGACCGCGCAAGAUAAAGAAAAAUAUGAGAAAGAAGUUGAGAUGUUACUAUCAUCUACGGUUGAUGAAUAUGAUUUGCGAGAAUACGGUGGAAGCUCUCAAGGGGCCAAAAACCGCGAACAUGUGCUGGUUUUGGUGCCUUUGAGACAUGCAGAGAAUGUGCUGCCUCUGAUGUUCAAAAAUCUAAUGAACUUAACGUAUCCGCAUGAGCUUAUUGACCUUGGGUUUUUGGUGAGUGACUGUUCAGAUGGCGAUCAUACUUUGGAAGCGUUGAUCGAGUAUUCCAAAGAAUUGCAGAACGGCACUUUAUCGGAGCUUUUCCAAGAACAAGAAAAUGCCUUGAAACAAUCCAAAAACAAAGGAGGGUCUGAUUUGUUUUUGAAGUAUAUGAAUCAGGAGUAUCUGAACACCGUGGAGUCAGCUUUUAGUCCACCCUUCCACGAAAACUACGAUAAACCCUUCCGCUCCGUGCAAAUAUUUCAAAAGGAUUUUGGCCAAAAUAUCGGUCAAGGCUUUUCUGAUCGUCAUGCUGUGAAAGUACAAGGUGUCAGAAGGAAACUGAUGGGUCGUGCGAGAAAUUGGCUGACCGCCAACGCCUUGAAACCUUACCAUUCUUGGGUUUAUUGGCGAGAUGCCGACGUGGAGCUCUGUCCAGGCUCUGUGAUUGAAGAUUUAAUGGCGAUAGAUUACGACGUUGCAGUCCCCAACGUUUGGAGACCUCUUCCAGAAUUCCUCGACGGGAAGCAACCUUACGAUCUUAACUCAUGGGUAGAAUCGAAAGAGGCGCUAGAAUUAGCAAAGACAUUAGACGAGGAUGACGUUAUCGUGGAGGGUUAUGCUGAGUAUCCAACUUGGCGAGUACAUUUAGCUUAUCUCAGGGAUGACAACGGUAAUGCAAACGAAGUUCUUGACUUGGAUGGUGUAGGAGGCGUUUCAAUUUUGGCGAAGGCAAAACUUUUCAGAAAUGGUGUUCAAUUUCCUGCAUUUACUUUCGAAAAUCAUGCAGAGACCGAGGCGUUUGGGAAAAUGGCCAAAAAAAUGGGUUACAGGGUGGCCGGGCUACCUCACUAUACCUUAUGGCACAUAUAUGAACCGAGCGAUGAUGAUCUCUUGGCGAUUGCAGAAAAAGAGAGGGAAUCCAGAAGAUCCAAUUGA